UGCAAAUGUUGCUCGAGUUUGUUUUCUUUUGGUUUUUGUAAAUGGAAAUGAUUUGUCGACUGUGCUUAAGCACACUGGACGCGAAGAAUGCCGUGCUGCUUUUUGACCCCGCCGACAAGACAAUUCCGGAAAGCUACUUUGUGCAAUUGAUAUCGACGCACUUGUAUCUCUGUCUAUCCCGGGACGAUGCUAUAUCUACUGCUAUAUGUGCAGACUGCUCGGCACAAUUGGAAAGUUUUCACAACUUCUGGAAGCUGGUGGAGCUCAAGCAAACGACGUUAUGCAGUCAGUUUUUAGAGAUUGACUGCGAUGUCAACUGGUCCGAGGAGGGUGAUGCUGAGCAGCUGGCAACUGCAAUUAUUAAAUAUGAACCAGAAGCGUAUCAAGAUGCAGAGGUGGGCGGCAAUGAAACGCCACCCACUGUCUACGACAUAGUCAAGGAGGAACCCGAAUUUCACGACUCGUACGUUAAGAUAGAUUCUAAAACAGCAGCGACACAUAAGUUUCCCUGCAUGUUUUGCGAGAAAUCAUUCAAAAUGCGUCGCUACCUAGAGGAGCAUGUGGCCACGCACACAGGCGACCGUCCCAUUUCGUGCGCCUAUUGCAACAUGGCAUUUCGCUGUCGCUCCAAUAUGUACACGCAUGUCAAGACAAAGCACACAACGCAGUGGCAAAAGGCGCGAGCGGAACGCGAGUCGGCCAAGAGCAAUAGCAACAACAAUAAUCAAGUCCAAAGAAGCGUUAAUGGCAACAACACGGUUGUGGAUGUCAUAACGUUGCUACCCAGUGAGAUGGAUGGAAUUCGUAAUCAAAAUGAAGCAAACCAACAAACAGCUGCUGCCCCCGCUACCACAGUCGUGCCCGAAAUUAGUCUGAUAGCCAUCAAAAGCGACCCACCCAUGCAGGUCAUCAACACCGACCCGCCCAUGAAGGCUCUCAAACCCGAUCCGCCCAUGGAGGCCAUCAACUUAACAGUGAACAAAUCGCAAAACCAUGUAGCGCCUCCCAAACGCUUUACACGCUCCAGCCGGCGCAAAACACAUUCGCCAAAAAAGGUGCAACCCACUGAGCGCAGCGCCAGCGAAAGCAGCAGCAGUAAUGACAACGAUAAUAUGGCCGAUUUACAUGAGAAGCGACUGAAGACACAACUGCAGACCAGCAAGGAAAAUGAGCUGCUCUUGGCCAACUACAAUGCUAUGGCUGCAGUUGUUGCAGCAGCUACACAACAGCAACAUCAGCGAUACUGCAACUCAAUGCAGGAGCAAUUACUUACUGCCAUGGCUGCCGUUAGCGCCAGCACGGGCACAAGCACCAGCACUGCGGCAGCAGCAGCAGCUGCUACUGCAGCUGCUAUAGCACUAAGCAAACAAACUGCAGCUGCUGCUGCUGCUGCUGCAGCAUCAUCAACAAGCACUACAAGCACAGCGCCAGUUGAAUCUGCAUACAGUUGUAGCAUUUGCGGCCAGCAGUUGCGCAAUCAGCGUGCGCUUAACAAUCACCUGCAGAACAAGCAUAACUCACCGUCACAGCAGGCAACGUCCACUUUAACCGAAAGCUUGGCCAUGACCUUGUGCAACACUUGCGGCGAGCUGCUGGGCCAGCAACAACACCGUUGCCUGGGCAAGACCAAAUACGCCUGCGAUAUCUGCGGCAAAUCAUUUAAAAUGAAGCGCUACCUAGAGGAACAUUUUGCGACACAUACAGGCGUCAAGCUGCAUACCUGCUCGUUUUGUCCCACAGAGUUUCGCUCCAAGUCGAAUAUGUAUCAUCAUACUAAGCGCAAGCAUAAGAUUGAAUGGGAACGCUCACGUGCCACACGCAAUGCAGCCAAGUCGGCAGUCUCAGAGCUGCAGCAGCAUCAACAACAGCAGCUGGAGGAGCCCGGAAGCAGCUCCUAAUGUGUGAACAAUUUUGCAUACAGCAGCAACAGCAAAAGCAGCAGCCAUUAUAUAAUCUAUAGUUACUUUUUAGCGCCUAGUUGUAUGUACUUAUGUAUUGCAAGUCUCCUCACAUACUCUAUUGUAUAUAUAUACACAUAUACAUAUAUAUGCUUUUAUAUGUACUUCUUUUUCGCAUGCCUUAACCCAAUUGACGUUAAGCGUCGCUUACUCUUAAACACACUCUGA